UUACAGCAAGUUCAGAAAUAUUAUUGGAAGACAGCCAGCUGUGCUUUUUCAGGAAUGAUUCAGUUCUGCAUAAUGUUUUACAUUCCCAUUUCCAGCAAGACUAACUUGACUUUCUAAUUAACUAUAGGGAGUUUUCAUGUACAUUACAAAUCGGCAUGAAUUUGGAAGACUAAUUUCAACUGCAAAUUACAAUACAUCUCACUUCAACAAUGACUUGUGGCAGAUUUUUGAAAAUCCACUGGAUUGGAAGGAAAAAUACAUUCACCAAAACUAUUCAAAAAUAUUUACCCAGAAUCUGGCAGAGCAGCCCUGUCCAGAUGUAUUCUGGUUCCCCAUAUUUUCCGAGAAAGCAUGUGAUGAAUUGAUAGGGGAAAUGGAACACUAUGGAAGCUGGUCUGGUGGAAAGUAUAUGGAUAAGCGCAUUUCUGGUGGUUAUGAAAAUGUUCCCACAGAUGAUAUUCACAUGACGCAAGUUGAUUAUGAAAAGGAGUGGCUGCAUUUCAUCAGAGAGUAUAUUUCUCCAGUAACGCUCAAAGUUUUUUCUGGCUAUUACACAAAGGUAAGCUUGUAAGUGUACUCUAAAACAGGGGUUCAUGGAAUAUUUCUCGUCAUUAUUGGGAAGGAAAAAAAUAAUGGCACAGGCAUUAUUUCAACCCUUAGCUUAAUGACUGAUUGGCAGUGCAAUAACAGUAAAUGGUGUGAGAAUUUAUUUUUACAACAUGUUCUAUCCCUUCAUGUGAACACUUUCUAUAUAGUGUCUGUGAAGCUUUUGUCAGGCUGUGUGAACAGUCUGGCUGUAGUGGUGACGUCAGGCCAAGAAAUGAAACCAAACUACACAGCAACUGGGGGCGAAACUGAGA